UCUUACACACAAGACGUCAGUCACUUAAAUAAACUCAUAUGUAACAACAACGUUAAAAUUCUCGUAAAAUAUGAUAAAUUAUGUUAACAUACUUCACCGUUGUCGUUGUAUGUUAAAUUGUUGUUAGUUUCAUUGGUGUUUAAUAUUGUUGUGCGAGUGUUAUUAUUAUCAACAAUUUUGAAAUAUCUGCCGCAAUAGAGUGCGCGUGCGCGAUGCGCGGGCGCGCGCCCAAGUGUCGACGCUUGGCGAUCUUUUUGAUCGCUCUCUGCGCAGGCGCGGCGCUCGCAACUGCGCUCGCAUGGAACUCUAUCUUCGAAUCUGCAUUUAAUUCUCAAAUUAAAUUAUCGCCUCAUUCACGAGCCUACAACGACUGGGUGGCGCCCACUGUGCCGCUGUCCUUCGACGUGUAUCUCUUUAACUGGACCAACGCGGAACGGUUCCCAGAAGAAAUACCAGAUUUGGUACAAUUGGGACCAUACCGUUUCCGUGAACACCGACGUCACGUGAACGUGACAUUUCACCCCCAGAAUCACUCCGUGUCGUACCGGACUCAGCGGAGCUGGUACUUCGACGAGACCAGCAAUGGCACCUUACAGGAUAACAUUACUAUGCUCAACGUUAUUGCAGCCUCAGCUAUCUACCGAUCUCGAUAUUGGGGCUUCCUAAGACAGAAGGGCUUGUCUAUGGGAUUGGCAAUGUUUGGCCACGGUAUGUCCAUUUCAAGGCUUGCUGGAGAGCUUCUCUUUGACGGCUACGAAGAUCCACUCCUGGAUCUGGCGAAGAGUCUACCAUCGAGUACCACUGGUGGAGCGCCACCUGUUGACAAAUUUGGAUUAUUUUACGAGAGAAAUAACUCAAUGGAUACAGAAGGUCUUGUGGAGGUGACGACGGGGGAGGUGAGCGGGACUUUGCCAGGACAAAUACUCAGAUGGAACAACUAUGAAAGUUUACCCUUCUAUACUGGAGACUGCGCUAAGAUAACAGGAAGCGCGGGAGAGUUUAUGCCACAUAAUCUUACUGAAGAAGGAUCGCUCACGAUGUUUGUACCGGAUUUGUGCCGAACAGUCAACUUGGAGUAUGAAAAAAGCGGCUAUCUUGACGGCCUUCCCUAUCAUAAGUACACUAUGACUGAUAUCAGCUUUGACAAUUCAACAAGAACGCCAGUUAAUUCGUGUUUUUGUAAUGGUGAUUGUGGGUGGGGCGGUCUGAUGAACGUCUCCGCGUGUCGUUACGGCAGUCCAUCCUUCCUGUCUCUCCCACAUUUUCUGCACGGCGACCCGGAGCUGAGGGAGAAAGUGAGAGGAAUGAAUCCCGAUCCAGAACUACAUUCUUUCUAUUUCGCUAUUGAGCCUAGACUCGGGGUGCCGUUGGACGUCGCUGGGAGAUUUCAAUACAAUGUGUUCAUUGAACCUUGCCCUAAUAUAGCUCUCUACGAAAAUGUUCCCAAAAUGAUGUUUCCAAUAUUUUGGGUCGAGCAACAUGUGCGAGUGAGCAGCGAGGUGACGGCCGAGCUGCGCACGGUGCGCGCCGUGCUGGACUGGGGCGGCACGGUGUGCGCGUGCGCCGCGCUGCUGUUCGCCAGCCUCGUGGUGCUCGCCACGUGCUGCACCAAGAAGUCUCAGUACACCAAACCAGAGGAGAUCAUCUCGGAAAAGCCUAAAGAUGAAGCUGAAAUAAAAUUAACCUCAAUCUAACUGACAAUUUCUAUAAAAAAGUCUAAAACAAAUUUGCUUUUCAUCAGUGCCAGCUGUAGCCGUUUAGCAGAGUAGAGCAUCACUUUUGGCAGCUUUUUCCCAUCCAUAUCAGUGCCAUAGUCACAUAGACUUGACCUUUAAACCACGCGUGUCUAACUCAUCUCCUUAUCACUAUAUCUAGUAAUAAGCUUGUAAGACCAUGGACAUUGGAAUUCCCACAGUUCCACACACAUGUACAACAUACGAUGCGAAUUAAUUCUCAUCGCAGCAGCUAAUCGAUUUUGUGUCAUGACUAUCUGUCGCGGCUUUUGGACUACUUCCAUUAGUAAAGUUAAUCUAUUGAAUGGUUACCUUCAUUAGGAACAUGACAAAUUAAACGACAAUAUAGUUAUAGAAUUUAGAUAUUUUAUAUUAUUGAAACUUUAUGCAAUGCUUUGUUAUUGUUGGCAAUGAAGCUUUAUUUAAUUGUACAUAAUUAACUGAUACCACAUCUCGACAAUAUACGACAAGUAAUAUUCUUGUCGUGUAUUGUCGAUAAGUACAUAUUAUGUAAUCGAAAACCGUUUCAAUGAAGAUGCAUUCCAAAAUGGACUCCUAUGAAUAAUAUGCAUGAGUGACAUCAACGAUAAUUAUAAGUAGAAAAAAAUAAAAUAGGUAACUAUAUAAAUAAUAUAACAAUAUAAGGUAUUUAAAUCUCUUAAUUUUCGUCCGUGACUAAAGGGAUGUAACGUUAAUGUUGGAGAGUAAUACGUAUGAAAAUAUAUAUCAUUUUUUGAUUGACUUAAGUGCUUUGUGCAAGUCUGGGUACAUCCUAUACUUCAAUUAUUCUAUAUAACUAUAUAACUAAACACUUAUGGUUUUUAUUUCUGUGUUCUAGCUUAAAGAGUGAUUGAACUGGUUGUUCCAAACACAAGGGAUAUAAGAUCUUAAAUCCCACUAUUGGCCAAAAUAUCAGGAUUGGGAGUGUUUCCUACAGUGGAAAUGUCUUUGGUGCCCACCAUGUAAAUAUUUCUAACAUAUGGCCUAAAUAUUUGCGUUAAAUUAUAUAAAGAUAGACACCUUCAAGUUAAUAAUUGCAUUUUUUUAAAUUUACUAUUUGCUAUGAAAAUUGUGUCAGGCACUGUUUUUUUUUUAUUAAAUAGGAUUACCUAUUAUAUAUAUAUAUACUUAAAAUAGGCCGGACGAGCAUAUGGGCUACCUGAUGGUAAGUGGUCACCAACGCCCAUAGACAUUGCUAUUGUAAGAAACUUUAACCAUCGCUUACAUCGGCAAUGCGCCACCAACCUUGGGAGAUGUUCGAGUUAAAGAAACUUUGUUUGUUAUUUGUUUGUUAUGACCUUUGUGCCUGUAAUUCCACUGGCUAACUCACCCUUCCAACCGGAACACAAUAAUAACAAUUACUGCUGUUUUGCGGUAGAAUAUCUGAUGAGUGAGUGGUACCUACCCAGAAGAGCUUGCACAAAGCCCUACCACCAGUUAAGUUGAAUACUCUUAUAUUCUGUAGUAUUAAGAAACUUAUUUGUUAUGUGAGUGAAAAAUAUGUUGAAUUUAACAAGUAUUGAUGAAUUUUAAACUUGAUUUCAAGAUUGAUAUUAUUUUGUAAGUUUGGUAUUUAAGCAGAAUGUGAUUGAGUCAAUUCAAUGAUUACAAAAUUUGUUGACGAUUAAACUAAAAAUUGUAAUGUUUCACUAAAUUAGUUAGUAUUAGGUUAAACAGUUUUUUCUAAGUGGAUUGGUUAGACUUAUGUUAUAUAUUUAUAAGAAUUAAGUGUAUCAUUUGAAAUUCUCUAUUGUUUGUUUGUAAAAAAAACAUUAAUUUUAAGUAACGUGAGAUUUAGAUAUUAAUUAUAUAUCAAAUAAAUAUAUAAAGUAAUUAUAUAUAAAAUAAAUAUUAAUGUAUUUAUUUAUAAGUUCGUAGCAGUGUGGUGGUUGUUAUAAGUGAUAGGGUUGCCAUUUUCAAAAUAAUUUCAAUAUGGUUCCUUAUUACAGGUUAAUUUAUAAGAUAAAAAUUACACGUAACACAAAAUAAAUUAUGUUGCUACGGAUUAUAUUAUAAAUUGUUCUAUGUUUUGUGCGAGCGCCUAAUAGAUCUAUAACAGCAAAACAACAACGUUGUUUAUUUGAAUAACACAUACAGUAUAAAAUCUAUGUAUUUUUGUAAGAUGUUUUAUCUUUGAUAAAAAGGUAAUUUUAUGAUGAAACAGUGAUAUUAUUAAUAUUAAAAUAUUUGUAAGCUUUC